AUGCCCUAUGUUCCCAACAAGGCCUACGUCGUCGGUGUCGGCCUCACCAAGUUCGACAAGCCGCGCGGCGAGCGCGACUAUCCCGAGCUCGGCCUCGAGGCCACCGUCAAGGCGCUCAUCGAUGCCGGCCUGACGUACGACGACGUCGAGACGGCCUCCGUCGGCUACUGCUACGGCGACUCGACGUGCGGUCAGCGCGCUCUCUACCAGCUCGGCAUGACGGGCAUUCCCAUCAUCAACGUCAACAACAACUGCUCCACCGGCUCGUCGGCCUUUGUGCUCGCCGUCAACAGCAUCCAGGCGGGGCAGGCCGACUGCGCGCUGGCGCUCGGCUUCGAGAAGAUGGCGCCCGGCUCGCUCGGCUCGGCGUGGAACGACCGUGCGCCGCCGAUGGAGGGCACCAUGUCGCAGCUCUUCGAGAUCGAGGGCGAGAAGGAGUACGAGACCGACGACUUUGGGCCCUUUGCCGCGCGCAUCUUCGGCGCCGCGGGGCAGGAGUACUGCGAGAAGUACGGCGCCACCUGGGACCACAUCGCCGCCAUUGCCAGCAAGAAUCACAAGCACAGCGUCAAGAACCCGUACGCGCAGUUCCGCGUGGCGCCGAGCCCGCAGGACGUGAGCAAGGCGCGCAAGAUUACGCGCGAGGUGACGCUGCCCAUGUGCAGUCCCACGAGCGACGGCGGCGCGGCGGCCAUCGUCGUGUCGGAGGACUUUGUCAAGAAGCACAACCUGCAGGACCGCGCCAUUGAGGUCGCAGGCAUGGGCGUCGCCACCGACUCGCCGCGCCUCUACAACGACCGCUCGCGCAUCGAGCUGGCGGGCGCCGACAUGAGCCGCCGCGCGGCGGCCAUCGCCUACAAGCAGGCCGGCGUGGGCCCCAAGGACAUCCAGGUGCUCGAGCUGCACGACUGCUUCGCGCCGAACGAGCUGGUGACGUACCCGGCUCUGGGCCUCUGCGCCGAGGGUGAGGCGCACAAGCUCGUCGAGUCGGGCGACAACACGUACGGCGGCAAGUGGGUGGUGAACCCCUCGGGCGGCCUCGAGUCCAAGGGCCACCCGCUCGGCGCGACGGGCCUCGGCAUGGUGGCGUACAUGUCGCUGCAGCUCCGUGGCGAGGCGGGCCAGCUGCAGGUGCCCAACGUCAAGGCGGCACUGACGCACAACAUCGGCCUGGGCGGCUCGUGCGUCGUGACGGUGCUGCGCAAGGCGCCGUUCUACAAGGAGGGCGGCCACAACCGCAGCCGCUUCGGCUACGACUUUGCCGACGAGUGCCGCCGCAUGACCGACGCCGAGCUGGCAAAGGUGCGGAGCAAGCAGACGAGCGACUAUGUGCCGCCGAGCAUCCCGGAGCCGCAGGUGACCAAGUGAGGCGCCCGGCCAUGACGUCUUGUCUGUGUGCCCCUCUCUCCCUCUCGCAAUGCGAUGCGUCGUUCCUUG